UUUUGUUCAGUCUAGUAAACGGGUUGUAAAAGUGUGGUUAAAAUUUUCCGGUCAAAAAUGGCAGCGUCUGUGAGAGGGGUAACCAGCAAAAUAAACGGGGUUUUUAGCUCGUUGAAGGCGAUUUCGAGCCCGAGAAAUUUUUAUACUUAUUCUAACGAGCCCGCACAGCCCAUUAAGGGCAAGGAUCCCAAAUGGGUUGAGGCUGCUGAUGCCUUUGCGUGCAUGAAAUCAGGUGAUACUGUUUUCUCACAAGGGGCUGCCGCCACCCCUGUGGCUUUACUAAACGCCAUGACCGAAGUGGGCAAAGAAAAGAAUCUCAAGGACAUCAGGGUGUGCCAUAUGCACACCGAAGGUCCCGCAGCCUACACUGACCCAUCGUGCGAGGGAAUUUUCAGAUCCUUUUCGUUUUUCAUGGGCGGUAACGUGAGAAAAGCGGUGGCAGAAGGUCGCGGUGAUGCUCUACCAAUUUUCCUCUCCGAAAUCCCGCUGCUGUUCACAAAAAAAAUCAUCCAACCCGACAUUGCCGUUAUUAUGGUUUCUCCCCCUGAUGCGCACGGUUACUGCUCACUUGGUACCAGCGUCGACUGUGUAAGAGCGGCAAUGCAGCAUUCGAAAGUAAUCAUAGCCCAAGUUAACUGUCACUUACCGAGGACUUUCGGCGACGGUAUCAUCCACAUAAGUCACGUGGAUUACGCCGUCAAAAUGGACGCCCCCCUCCCCCAACACGGCGGUAAACCCCCCACCCCGGUGGAGACCAAAAUCGGACAGAACAUCGCUCGUAAUUUGGUCGAAGAUGGCGCCACCCUCCAAAUGGGCAUCGGUAGCAUUCCAGACGCAGUAUUAGCCGAACUGGGCGACCACAAAGAUCUCGGCAUCCAUUCCGAGAUGUUUGCCGGCGGGGUGGUGGAUCUGGUGGCGAAAGGCGCCGUAACUAACAACAAAAAAUCCAUGCACAAGGGCCGCAUCGUCGGCUCUUUCCUGAUAGGAACGCAAAAGCUCUACGACUUCGUCGACAACAAUCCCUUCAUCGAAAUGCUGGCCGUCGACUACGUCAACAACACAGGUGUGAUCGCGAGGCAACCGAAAAUGACCGCGAUAAACUCGUGCAUCGAAGUGGAUUUGACCGGUCAGAUCGUGUCGGACUCCAUCGGUACCCGCAUGUACUCGGGCUUCGGCGGGCAAGUCGAUUUUAUCCGAGGCGCCGCGGAAGGCACCGACGGCUUGGGAAAGCCAAUCAUCGCCCUUCCCUCCACCACGAACAAGGGCGAGUCCAAAAUCGCUCCCAUCACCAAACCUGGUGCUGGUGUCGUCACAACGAGAGCGCAUGCGCACUACGUGGUAACGGAACACGGCAUCGCCUACUUGUUCGGAAAGUCUCUGAGACAGAGGGCGCACGCUCUGAUCAACGUCGCACACCCCGAUCACAGGGAAAGUUUGGAAAAAGCCGCCUUCGACCGCCUUAAAGUGAUGCCAUCUGCCGACUAAUAUUUUAAAUAACGCCGUGCUUUAUUAUUCAAUAAUAUAUUCCACCUCUAGGUUUUAAUCUAAUAAUUUGUUAUAUGAAAAACGUUUUAGAGUAAUAUUUUAUCUUUUUUAUGUUAUGUUUUAAAACACCGUCACCUCAAGUUUGUAUAUUUACAAAUU